CGGCGGCUGCGGCGUUGGAUCCGUCAACGUACUGCGAGAGCCCGGUGUACAGCCCGGACGUCUGCCCCAACAUGAUUGCCGCGCAAGCCAAGCUAGUCUACCAGCUGAAUAAGUAUUACACGGAGCGGUGCCAGGCCCGCAAGGCGGCCAUCGCCAAGACCAUCCGCGAGGUCUGCAAAGUCGUCUCCGACGUGCUGAAAGAGGUGGAGGUGCAGGAGCCGCGCUUCAUCAGCUCGCUGAGCGAGAUCGACGCGCGCUACGAGGGCCUGGAGGUCAUCUCGCCCACCGAGUUCGAGGUGGUGCUCUACCUCAACCAGAUGGGCGUCUUCAAUUUCGUGGACGACGGCUCGUUGCCGGGCUGCGCCGUCCUCAAGCUGAGCGACGGCCGCAAGCGCAGCAUGUCGCUGUGGGUGGAGUUCAUCACCGCCUCGGGCUACCUGUCGGCGCGCAAGAUCCGCUCGCGCUUCCAGACGCUGGUGGCGCAGGCCGUGGACAAGUGCAGCUACCGCGACGUGGUCAAGAUGAUCGCCGACACCAGCGAGGUCAAGCUCCGCAUCCGCGAGCGCUACGUGGUGCAGAUCACGCCCGCCUUCAAGUGCACCGGCAUCUGGCCGCGCAGCGCUGCCCAGUGGCCGCUGCCCCACAUCCCCUGGCCGGGACCCAACCGCGUGGCCGAGGUCAAGGCCGAGGGCUUCAACCUGCUCUCCAAGGAGUGCUACUCGCUGACCGGCAAGCAGAGCUCGGCCGAGAGCGACGCCUGGGUGCUGCAGUUCGGCGAGGCCGAGAACCGCCUGCUGCUGGGCGGCUGCCGCAACAAGUGCCUCUCGGUGCUCAAGACGCUGCGCGACCGGCACCUGGAGCUGCCCGGCCAGCCGCUCAACAACUACCACAUGAAGACGCUGCUGCUCUACGAGUGCGAGAAGCACCCGCGGGAGACCGACUGGGACGAGGCCUGCCUGGGCGACCGCCUCAACGGCAUCCUCCUGCAGCUCAUCUCCUGCCUGCAGUGCCGCCGCUGCCCGCACUACUUCCUGCCCAACCUCGACCUCUUUCAGGGCAAGCCCCACUCGGCCCUGGAGAGCGCCGCCAAGCAGACCUGGCGCCUGGCCCGGGAGAUCCUCACCAACCCCAAGAGCCUGGACAAGCUAUAG